AUUAGUUAGCCGACGAGGGGAGCAGCGGUUCAGUAAACGUCACCUCCGCGGUGCGCGCUGUUUGCAUCCAAAAGCAGGAGUCACAUGAUCCAUCCAGAUCCUGUCUGCUAAGUGUAAAAGCUACAGAUAGUGCAAGGUAAUAAAGGAAGAUGAAGCUGAUCAUCCUCAAUGACUACGACCAGGCGAGCGAGUGGGCUGCAAAGUACAUUAAAAACAAGAUUUUAAUGUUUAAACCUGGCCCGGAGAGAUACUUCACCCUGGGUCUCCCCACAGGAAGCACGCCCCUCGGUUGCUACAAGAAACUGAUCGAGUACUACAAGAAUGGAGACGUCUCAUUCCAGUAUGUAAAAACGUUCAACAUGGAUGAAUAUGUAGGACUUCCCAGAGAUCACCCUGAGAGCUACCACUCCUUCAUGUGGAAUAACUUCUUCAAGCACAUAGACAUAAAAGCGGAGAACACCCACAUCCUAGACGGCAACGCGGCUGACCUGCAGGCAGAGUGUCAAGCCUUUGAGGAAAAGAUAACAGCUGCCGGCGGGAUAGAGCUCUUUGUCGGAGGUAUUGGACCAGAUGGCCACAUCGCCUUCAAUGAGCCUGGUUCAAGCCUGGUUUCCAGGACUAGAGUGAAGACACUGGCAAAAGACACUAUCAUGGCUAAUGCCCGAUUCUUUGAUGGGGAUCUUUCAAAGGUGCCCACCAUGGCACUGACUGUGGGAGUGGGCACUGUCAUGGACGCAAAAGAGGUCAUGAUUCUCAUCACUGGAGCACACAAGGCGUUUGCGUUAUACAAGGCUAUAGAGGAAGGGGUGAAUCACAUGUGGACAGUGUCUGCGUUCCAGCAGCACCCACAGACGGUUUUUGUAUGUGACGAAGACGCCACCCUGGAACUGCGGGUCAAAACUGUGAAGUACUUCAAAGGGAUGAUGCACGUGCACAACAAGCUGGUGGAGGCUCCUCCCCGAGGGCCAAAGAAGAACUGAGGAGAUGUUUCUUCAAACUUUGUGGAUUCAUGAGGCAUUAAAAACAAAACCCACAACACUCCAGUGAUUCCUUUAUCUUCUGAUGGAGAUCAAUUGUCGGACAUCAAGCAGUGCUUGGUGUUAACCUCAACUAAUCUUUGUAGUAAUAAUCAGGUGCUUGUAUUGUGCAGGCUGUUCAGGUUUUCAGGUGAUUGUUCAUACAGCUUUGCUUCUCAUUUGUUCUUUUUUUUAAUAAAAAGUACAAUUCA